GAAGCAUAUCCAUUUUCACUAAAAACGCCGCCGUAUUUCUCCGAUUAUAUUUAACUAAAAUAAGUUUAUAGUUUUAAUGUAAUCGCCUUGAUAUCCACCAGCAUAAACCCACUAAUUCCGACCACUUUUUCAAUUUUUGAUUUAAAAUCCUCGGUUUGACCCAUUUUAAGCGCUCUUAAUUCUGUCUCUUUUUGUCCACUUUUUUCUGUAAUUUUUCUCCGCUUCUUUCGGUCCCGGCUAUACGAUGCUGUUGGUGCGUACGCUCUUAUCCUACACUCUCCUCUCUUUUUCUUGUUUUUCAGCUCAAUGUAGCUUGACGUAGUACAGUUGCCGUCUUCGCUACAGUAACGGGAUUGUGAGAUCUGUUUUUUUGGUUGGGUAUUAUUGACUGUUUACAUAGUUGAUGGGAGGAGAGAUGGUUGCAGAAUCUUGGUUUGGUAGUUUGCGGCGGAUUUCUUGGAAGAGUGGACCGGAGACUGACAAGGCUGUGAUCGGAAUUUUGGCAUAUGAAGUGGCAAACUUGAUGUCGAAGUUGGUUUGUAUGUGGCAUUCCUUAAGUGAAAAGGAGGUUGUUAGGUUAAGGGAAGAGAUUGUGUACUCUGUUGGAGUUCAAAAGCUUGUUUCUGAUGACGAUGUUUAUCUUAUGGAUCUUGCAUUUAAUGAGAUCAUUGAGAAUUUUGGAAAUGUGGCAAGGUCUGUGGCUCGUUUUGGCAAGAGGUGCACAGACCCUGUAUAUCACCGCCUUGAUAAUUUCCUUAACGAUCCAAUUCUGAAUAAUUUUGAAUGGUUUGGGUGGGAAUAUAAAUUGAAGAAGAUGGAGAGGAAAGUUAAGAAAAUGGAGAGAUUUGUUGCAAUUGUGAUGCAGUUGUCUCAAGAGUUGGAAGUGCUGGCAGAGCUUGAGCAAACUCUUAGGAGAAUGCAGGCCAACACUGAGUUAGAUCGGGUGAAAUUGGUUGAGUUUCAACAGAAGGUAAUGUGGCAGCGUCAGGAAGUGAGAAAUCUGCGUGAGAUGUCUCCAUGGGUUAGAACUUACGAUUACACUGUCAGACUUUUGGUAAGAUCGCUUUUCACAUUACUGGAAAGGAUAAAACAUGUUUUUGGGAUUAACCAAAUGGCAUCAAUGGAAGGAAGUAAUGAUUGUGAACAAAGGAAUACUAAUUUUCUUUCUCGCAGCCAAUCCUUUUCUGCUCCUUUGCAGUCUUUGGUAUAUCCUUCUGAGAAUAAUCUUUGUGGGUUCUCUUCAGCACCUCCUGGGAAGUUGGUUUUGAAAUCAAUUCUGACCACUCACAAGAAUAAACCAAAUAACAAGCUAGGACAAUUCAUUCAUGAGUCUGAUACCGUACUUGAAAAGCUUCCCCAUUCAAAAUCAAAACGAUUGGGUCAUGUUGCAUCUUUUAAAGGAUGUAUGAUGGGCGGGGCUGAUUCUCCAAUAGUGGAGAGUUGCAAGCCAAAAGGUGGUUCUAUGAGGUUUACUAAUGUUUCUAUGAAAAACAAUGAGAAAAUGAGAAAUACAAAUAAGGGAUCACUUUCUUGCAACAGCAAAAUAUUUUAUAAACUCUCUCUCUUGAAUUCCAAACAUGGGUUGUUGAAUGCCCCUCCAUCAACUCUUGGUGAUGCUGCAUUAGCCCUCCACUAUGCAAAUGUUGUUAUAUUGAUUGACAAAUUAGCUUCAUCUCCUCACAUGAUUGGCCUUGACACGAGAGAUGAUCUGUACAAUAUGUUACCCACAACUAUAAAAAGUGCUCUGAGGGUGAGGCUUAAGGCAUAUUCUAAAACUUCACCUUCAUCUGUGUAUGAUGCUUCCCUUGCAGCUCAAUGGAAUUCAGCAUUGGAUCAGAUAUUGGAAUGGCUGGCUCCUCUAGCUCAUAACAUGACGAGGUGGCAAUCAGAGCGUAGUUUUGAGAAGGAAAAUGUGGUUUCCAGGUCAAAUGUGCUUUUGGUGCAGACUCUCUACUUUGCAAAUCGAGCAAAAACUGAAGCUGCCAUUACAGAGCUUCUCGUGGGGCUGAACUAUGUCUGUAGGAUUGGUAGAGAACUUAAUGGAAAGGCUUUGCCAGAGUUUGCUCAAAACAGGGUUUAUGAUGAUUGUCUACCGAAGUGAAAAGACAUUACUUACAGUGUAUUGUAACUAUGAUAGAUUUCCAUGUCUAGUAGGAAGAAUGUAACUUCAUAAAACUCUACCCUGUUCAAAUUGGUUGGUUGGUCCAAGUAAUAGGCAACUAUUCUAUAUGACUGCUUGUUGAAGCAUCGGAACUUGGAACAGAGAAGGCUUCCCCUGUUUGUCGAGGUACUUUGUG